UGAUUGGGAGCCACCCACCUGGUACUUGAUCCGUUCUUAACACUACUACUGAACCUCACCGUCUAUACAUACACUCAUCUAUCUCUAUACUCUCUACCCACUUCCUCUAACUCCAACUACAAUCACACCCAACUCAUCACUGUAGUGAUUAUGGAAGCCAUUAUGGGUUCAUCUUCUCCAUAUCUGAAACUGGUUUCUUGCAGAGAUACAAAAAUGGCUAAUUCACUGUUGAGAUCACCUCUUCAUCAUUGUCUUUAUAACCACAAGAACAAAGAUGUCGAUUUCAAGCUCUCCAUCUCGGUUUCUUCAACACACAGUAGAGGUUUUCGUCCCGUUUCUCUCUCAUCGUCUGAUACCCAGGCAGAGGUGAAGAGCCAGGAACUUCACAUAGAAGAAUCUCUAUACGGAUAUACAAUUGAAGCGGAAGUGGAUGAAGAUUCAAAAACCAAAGCAAAAGCAGAAGCAGAAGCACAAACGGUUUGUGUUAGAUUCCAGUUACAGAGAGAAUGCUCAUUCGGUCAGAAUUUUCUGAUCGUAGGGGAUGAUCCGAUAUUCGGUUUAUGGGAUCCAACCAAUGCCAUUCCGUUGACGUGGUCCGAAGGACAUGUAUGGACCGUGGAUCUUGACAUACCGAUAGGAAAGUGCAUCAAGUUCAAGUUCGUAAUGCAAGAACGCAACGGGAAAUUCACGUGGCAGCCUGGUCCCGACCGGAUUCUAGAAUGCUGGGAAUCGGAGAAGAUUAUUACCCUUUGCGAAGAUUGGGAAAACCCUAAUUCCCGAAGAAUAAUUGAGGUGGGCCCCACAUUGAAUCAAGUGGAAGAAUUGGCUGCAACCGCAGAAGAAAUGCAGAUGGUUGCAGCCGACGAUGGGACGACAGUAGAACCAUCUUUAGGUACUACUGGCACCUCAAAAGUGAAGAUAUCUAACAAUAAAGCUCAAACCGAAGAGCCUGACGCAUAUGCUAUAAAUAUGAAAGAAGUGUUGGUAUCUAACGAAGCAGUGCCGGUUCUAGUACCUGGUCUGAGUCAAUUGCCGACAACGGACACCGAUCAAGAACCGUCAGCCAACGAAGGUUCGAAAGAUGAACCAGAAUCGGCCCUUAAUGGAACCGCUAUGAUAGCAACAGGAGUCGAUAUGGCUAUGGACCUCAAAUUGCCCGAGUUAGAUUCGAAACAACAUGAAAAUCAAGAUUCUUGUGAUUCAAACGUACAUCAGGAAACCCAACAUGUAGCCGAAGAACGAGAUCAUGAAACGACACAACCAGCAAAAAGUUUGCCGAUUCAAUGGGGCGAUAACUUUAAGCAGAAACUGUUCGGGAUUUUCAGUGUUUUUGGCUUCCGAUAGCUACCUGCAGUCUGCCGGCUUUGAUAACGAUCCGAAAACUCAAUCUUUUCUGAGUAUGUAUAUUGAAAUUUUGGAUGCUUGAAACCAUCUUGUAGUGUAAUGUAUAUAUGGUUGCUUGAUUGUUAUAUGGAGAAACUAGAAUUGUAUG